AACCAGCGUUAUCUCCCAGCAUCCUCUUUGCUACACAGCAGCACCACGGAGCGCUCUCGCCCUCUUUUAGACCUCUGGUUCACAAAAGAGAAGAAGAGGAAGUGUAGAAAGCCGGCUGCUUCCCCCCCCCCCCCGCCUCCAUCUCCCUCUCUCUGUCUCUCACCCUCUCCAUCCCUCCCUCCCUCUCUCUCUCUCUCUCUCUCUCUCUCGCUCACACACAUCCCCAUCACAUCCACACCCAAGGAUACCUUCCUCGCCUCCGUCUCUCUCUCUCACGCCUUUUUCUCUUACCCUCCCAAAUACAGUUUUUUCUUUUUUUUUCUCGCUAAAUUUCCUCUGGGGAGGAGAUGCUCAUCUGAAUCCGUCAACCCCACCCGCCCCCACCCCUUUCUUCUUCCGCCAGAAAUCCAGACUUGGAUGGUCUCCUCCUGCUGCUCUGCCACUUUGUUGCUACCUGUGGAGGUGUCCUCCCCAGUGUUCCUGGUUUUUCAGCCCCGCAGAGAGGCACCAUGCUGGGAUUGGACGUGUGUGAGUUUGGGGGUCAGGUGCUGGAGCUGCUGUGGCUAACUAUGUGCUACAGAGGUCUCCUGGCUGACAAGAAGGACCAGCGCAUUGAGGACGAAGAGGAUGAGAGACACCUGAACUACGUCGCUCCGCUCCAGAAGAGCCUGGAGGAGAUUCGGCAACUGGACAAAGACGACCAGAGUCUGGUCAAGUACAAGCGAGCGCUGCUGGGGACGGAAACAAUGCCAGCAGCGGACCCGGUUGUGGCCCGCGUGCAGGUGACCAGACUGACCCUCCUGUGUGAAGAGGCCCCCGAGCCGAUCUCCAGGAACUUAAAAGAGGACCUGAGCGCGCUGAAGGAGAAGACCCUCUCCCUGAAGGAAGGAGUGACGUACAGGCUGAAGAUCCACUUCAAGGUGAACAGAGAGAUUGUUGCUGGCUUGCGGUACCAUCAUGUGACCUCCAGAAAAGGAAUAACAGUGGACAAGGUGUCCCACAUGGUGGGCAGCUACUGCCCGAAGGAGGAGGAGCACGAGUUCCUCUGCCCGGCGGACCAGGUGCCCGGCGGAGUGAUGUCACGCGGCCGCUACACGGUCAAGUCCCGCCUCACCGACGACGACAAGAACACCUUCCUGGACUGGGAGUGGAACUUCGAGCUCAACAAGGACUGGAGUGAAUAGAGGGAAGGAGAGAUGAUGCGGAAGCUCUUCUGUCCCCCCCCCCCGCCUCCACGUCUUGACCUCCUCCUCUUCUCCCUCAGUCGCCGCUCCGGCCGUUUUCUUCAUUGUGUGUUCGGUGCAGGUUUAGUGACCUUUAGAGAAAAAGAAUCGCCCCCCCCCCCCCCCCCCCCUGCCUCCCUUAAGCAGCACAGCGAAGGAAGUCAGUGCAUACAGGCCCAUUACAAACAGAUGACACAUGUAAAUACUGUGCUCAACAGCACCCGUUCCAACACCAAACCAUUAAUGGCUAAAUGGAUGGUGACUUGAGGCAAAGAUGAGGUGGGACCUGCAGCUCACGGAGGCCUUUAAACCUCGAGGGGACAAACAUGAUCCACCGGGCAGCACGCCGACGCCUCCGGCGAACACGUUUUAAAGCAUUUAUUCAUGCAAGUAAAAACACGUUCCUCCACUUUUUUACAACGGUGUGAUUACGCUCAGCGGUGUGUGCUUGGCGUCGGCGUUUACCUUUGUGUACUUGCUGGGAUCAUGUUUGCGCCUUCGAUUGCUCCCGAUUGCCACAUUUUGCGUCAUGAUGCAUGCACAGCCCAUCGCUCCCAGAGGUAAUUCAUUUACUUUUACAUGUAGUGUGCGUUAUUGGAGCCUGGGGAGAUUGUCGUAUGACGUCCUCCAGACACACGCCGGCUCAGAAGACAUAGGGAAAAAACAUCACAAUUCUUCCAAAGCUGUAUGGGCUUUUAUUACUGUAGUUCUGAAACUAGAGACCCGUCUAUCUCCAAAAUGGGUGUCAAAUUUAAGAGCGGCAAAGUCCGGUUGUCUUUUGUUUUGUCAGACUUUGAAACAAUAACUGGAAAAGAAAAGAAGAUUACUUUCGAGAUCCGUCUUUUUUAUUGCUUUCUGUUGGUGUCGGUUAACUUUUUUCUAAGUUAAUGUAUAUAUUUUAUCUUAUGUCUUAGAGUAUCGAUUGAUUCAUCUGUGGUUCGAUUCCAAGGUUUUAUGAUUUAAAGUGUAGAAUCACAUACGGAAAAAAUAUUGUUUUAAUAACAUUCUUGAACAAAUCCUCAAAUCUACAGGAAGUAAAGGAAUAUCACGGUUUUAUCAAACAAAUGUUGUCUUUUCUAUCUUUAAUGAACUGGGAUGAAGUGUACGACCUAUUUUAACUUUGCUGUGUGCUUUGGAAGCAGCAGUUUUCUCUCAAGUCUUUGUGGCGCGUUUUGAAAAAACAAUUAAAGACUAACUGAACUGUGGAUAUUGUAGAAAGAGAUGCGUGCAUGUCCAUUGAUAGUUUGAUACGAUUCAUUUAUUCAAAAUGAAUAAAAAGUGUGCCCCUUCUGAACUUCUCUCAUGUACUGUUAACACAAGACGUGAAUACAAUUCUGCUUUGAGCGUUAAUUAAACAUUUUAGGAUUGAAGCUGAAAGAAUACCAAGAAGUACAUCAAGGGAUGAAUAAAUUCCCUUCAAAAGAUAAGAAGUAUCAUCAUUGUGUUAAGUCUCUGGAUAUGAUAUUGUCAUUGUUGCUGAAAAUAUUGAACUUUGAACUCGAAAUGUUUGUGAUCUAAGACUAACUGUAAAUGUUGGCGUGUUGGUUGUUGCAUGGUUUAGCAAGAUUCUCUUCCUUUUUUUUACGACUUUAUUGUAAAAUUGAAUGUGAUUAAAAGAAGAUUUAAAGAAGAUACCGGUUGCCACAUACUGCAGAUACGGUAUUUACAGGGACAUUUUUAAAGGCACAAAUAGCUGGAAACAUUUGUCUGUGUUUAUCGCCCAGCCUGUAACGAUCAAGUGCUGCAGCGUCAAAUAUUGGUAUCACAUCUAGUAUCCUGUAUCUUUUAAUAAAGGCAAUUCAAUUAACCAGUGA